AUGGCUUACCAAACUCGUCAAGGAUUACCUGAUGGUUGGGUUGCGCAAUGGGAUCCUCGCUAUGAACGUUACUUUUAUGUUAACGAAAAGUCCUCAAAACCUCAGCCUCAAUGGGAUUGCCCAGUACCCAACUUGAGCAUUCCUCCUCCUCCUAGCAAAGAACACUCUGCUCCUUCAACAGAACCCCCUCCACCUUACACUAAUCAUACUGCCGGAGGCCCUUCUCCUACCCCUGCUGCUGCUGCUGGUGGUUCAGGAGAUAGAGGAAUUUUUAGCCGUUUACAUCACGGAGGCAGUAACCAACAACCUUCAUACGGUGGCCAGCCUGGAUAUGGAGGAUAUCCUCCUUACGGCGGAGGCUCUGGUUAUCCUGCUGGUCCUCCUGGCCCAGGAUAUGGCUAUGCUCCCGCUGGUGGAAAUGCUAGCCGUCCUAGCAGAUUUGGAGGAGGCGGCGGUCUAUUAUCCAAUCCCUUAAUGACAGGUCUCGGAGGAAUGGCCGCUGGUGGUUUAGCAAUGCAUGCUUUCGACGAUGUUUUUGAUCAUGAUAAUGAUAAUACCGUUGUAGAGAAUAAUUAUUAUGGAGAUGAUGGUUACGGCGGUGACGGUGGUGACUUUAAUGGAGGUGGUGAUUUUGGCAAUAAUGACUUUGAUGGUGGUGGUGGCUUCUUUUAA